AUGGCGAUUCUGCGCGACGCUUCGCCGUGGAGCCUGCUCGCCGGCGCCGCGGCCAUGGCGGCUCUGUGGUGGGCGGUCAAGAUGCUCGAGUGGGUCUGGUGGGGCCCGAGGCGCAUCGAACGGGCCCUGAGGGCGCAGGGCCUCGGGGGCACCCACUACCGGUUCCUGAGAGGCGACAUCAGGGAGGAGCAGCGGCUCAUGAGGGCGGCCCUCUCCAAGCCCGUGCCAAUGGACCGGCCGCACGACAUAGUCCCGCGCGUCUCCCCUCUCCUCCACCGCGUCACUGCGGAGCACGGGAAGGUCUCAUUCACAUGGUUUGGGCCGUACCCAAGAAUCACAAUCAGUGAUCCUGAGCUGGUUCGGCAAGUUCUCGCAAAUAAAUUCGGCCACUUCGAUAAAACGAAGCUAGCCCGCCUUGCAAGGGUGUUUAUUGGCGGACUCGCGGUCCUUGACGGUGAAGAAUGGGCCAAACAUAGAAGGAUUAUGAAUCCAGCCUUUCAUGCAGAAAAGCUAAAGCGGAUGUUGCCGGCAUUCUCUGCAUCUUGCAGUGAACUAAUUGACAGAUGGGAUAAUUCAGUCACUGUUUCUGUUGGAGCAAUAGAGCUUGAUGUUUGGUCGGAGUUCCAAAAUUUAUCAGGGGAUGUCAUUUCAAGAGCUGCAUUCGGUGUCACCAACGAAGAAGGCAGGCGGAUUUUCCAACUUCAAGCCGAGCAAGCAGAGCGCCUUGUCCAAUCUUUCCGGACUAAUUACAUCCCGGGCUUCUCGUACGAUCCUCAUUUUCCUUAUUAUUUGGUUCCCAACAAACAAAUAUCAAUUUAUGUGGAUUCAUGUGUUCCAGAAUGUUUUCUCAAUGAAAUUUCUGUAUCCAUUUCUGAAACUAAUCAACGGAUAUUUUCACUCUUCAGUCUGUUGCCGACAGAAAACAACAGAAAGAUGAAGGCUAUAAAUACAGAGGUCAAAGGGAUUCUAAGGGGGAUAAUAGAGAAGAGGCAGAAGUACAUGAAGAAUGGAGGAACUGACAAGGACGAUCUGCUGGGCCUGCUACUAGAGUCAAACAUGGAUUACAAGGAUGCCAAUGGCAAAACAAGCAAGGGGAUGACCGUGGAAGAUGUAAUUGACGAAUGCAAGUUGUUCUACUUCGCGGGAAUGGAGACUACAGCCGUACUGCUCACAUGGACAGUGGUGCUACUAAGCAUGCAUCCGGAGUGGCAGGAUCGUGCCAGGGAGGAGGUUCUGCAAGUAUUUGGGAAGAACAAACCAGAUUUAAAUGGCCUUAGCCGCCUAAAAGUUGUUAUGAUGGUGUUCAACGAGGUCCUGCGUCUGUACCCACCGGUGAUGCUCAUUAACCGCCGGACAUACAAGAAAAUAGAGCUCGGAGGCGUCACAUACCCGCCGAACGUGAUGCUCGCGCUGCAACUCAUGUUCGUCCACCGUGACCCUGCCAUCUGGGGGGAUGACGCCGGCGAGUUCAACCCGGGGAGGUUUGCCGAGGGCAUCUCCAAGGCAAGCAGGGACCCGGGGGCCUUCUUCGCCUUCAGCUCAGGGCCGAGGAACUGCAUUGGUCAGAACUUCGCGCUGCUUGAGGCCAAGGUGGCCAUCAGCAUGAUCCUGCAGCGGUUCUCUUUUGAGCUCUCGCCGGCGUACGUGCAUGCGCCCUAUGCCGUCCUUACACUGCACCCGCAGCACGGUGUUCCGGUCAGGCUGCACCGGCUCUGA